AUGGAUUGGGACGCUGGCAAUGUCGUCGAGGUGAAAUUACCUCCACUAUUUGUCAACUUCGCUGCGCGAAAGGCUCCAAUAAACCAACAUUACCAAGCCCUGAGAGAAGAGUCAGAGCAGUGGCUCAUCAAGACCUGCAAGUUUGAUACGAAUAUGGCAAGUUUCGUUCACAAGACCGACUUCGGAUAUUUCGUGGCUAUCGUGGCUCCUGAUGCGGAGGAAGAUGAGUUGCGAAUAAUGUUCGACUGGGGGAACUGGGUCUUUCCCUUUGAUGAUGCUUUCGAUAAUGGAGAGUUGAAAGUGGAUCUGGACGGCGUGCGAAGGAUGAUGGAUGAGCUUUUGACUGUCAUGAAUAACGAGACAACCUUUAGACCAGCGGACCCCCUUGUUGUUGCUUUUAAGUCCAUCUGGGACAGACUAUCUGAAUCGAACUGUUCUGCCGGAACCCUUCAACGGUUUGCUAGAUCAAUGCAAGACUAUGCCGAAUCGUGUAUUCAGCAAGUUAUCAUGCAGACUAGAUUUCAGGGCAGCGAGACACUGUCAGUCGACGAGUUUAUUGCAAUGAGACGUGGGAGUAUUGCAACAACGCCCCUAUUUGCGCUGUUUGAAUACGCCUAUGGGUUGAACAUACCAGAUGAAGUCUUUGAGUGUUCAUCAAUCAAAGAGCUGGAGAGAGUUAGCACUGAAGUGACAGUCAUCCAAAAUGACAUCGUUUCCUAUCGGAAGGAGCAGCUCCUUGAUGAGAAUAGCAAUUUGAUCAAGAUAUAUCUCCGGGACGGUUUCUCAGUUCAGGCUGCUUUUCAUGAAGCUGGAAAGUUACUAGCUACCUGCUACCGUGACUGGUAUUUGGCACUAGCCGACUUACCCAGUUGGGGCGAAGAUGUCGACGCCCAGGUUCAGACGUAUAUUGAGGGGCUCCAGAAUGUUGUUCUAGCUAAUAUUCACUGGAGUUUCCGAGCUGAACGGUAUUGGAAAUCGAAUGCGGAGAUACAGAAGGAGAGAACAAUUGAAGUGCGACUGACAUGA